UUACUCUAUUCUUUAAAGAAACAUAACAACCACUACUAUAGAUGGGAACAUCGUUCUUCAUACCAUUCUCGAGUCAGAGACAAGAACGGGGCACGGCGUUGACAAAUUCACUUUAUACAUGCACAGAGACUCGAGCCACGGACACAUACAACAUGCAUACAUGUGUAUAAUAUACACAGUGUAUAGGUACAUAGGGAAUUUUUCUACACGGCUUCAUUGAGAAUUAUAUUAUAAAUAAAUGUGCAAAAGCAUAUGUAUAAAGUUGAUACCAGGUUCUCGAUCUACUCUUGUCUCCAGUGAUUUCGCAGUAAAUUAGUUACGAUAUGAAAACCGUUCCUGAUAUCCCCGGCAGGGAGAGUUUCUCUCUGCCCCCGGUAAUUCCCGGACUUCUAUUUUCUUACGCAGACGCCAUUUCACGAUCUGUGAUCAUCCUCUGCGACGGUUGAAUCUACCUGCGCAAAUUGACGAUCAAUGAUCAUACGCCAUUAUACGCAAAGUGCUUACGAAAAGUGAAGUGAAGUGAAGUGAAAUUGAUAGACGUAGAAAGAAUUUCAUUUGUAUUUAACGAAUGUCUAAUCAAACAGGAAACAGAACUGAUAUAAAUUGAAGAAUUUUUUGUUGUGGUUUCAAGUUCGAAGACGUGAUAUUAAAGAUUAAUUUCGAUUCUCUCUGACUACAAAAAAAAGACCGUUACGUCUAUUACGAAAAAUGGGGAAAGGAAAGAAGAAAUCAAAGCAAACUAGCGCACAAGCUGACCCACAAAAAGAAUCAGGUCCAUCUCAGCAGCAAAAAGGAUCAGGUGAUGCAACACAGCAGAAACAAGGAUCAGCUCCACCUCAACAGCAAAAAGAAUCAGGUCCAUCUCAAAAACAAAAAAAAUCAGGUCCAUCUCAGCAGCAAAAAGGAUCAGGUGAUCAGAAACAAGGAUCAGCUCCACCUCAACAACAACAACAGACAGGGCCACCUCAACAGCAAGCGCCGGGAGGUCAGCCUCAACAGCAGGCAUGGGGAAAGCCACCUCAACAACAAACGCCGGGAGGUCAGCCUCAGCAGCAGGCACCGCGUGGUCAACCUCAGCAGCAGGCAUCGCGUGGUCAACCUCAGCAGCAGGCAUCGCGUGGUCAACCUCAGCAGCAGGCAUCGCGUGGUCAACCUCAGCAGCAGGCAUCGCGUGGUCAACCUCAGCAGCAGGCAUCGCGUGGUCAACCUCAGCAGCAGGCAUCGCGUGGUCAACCUCAGCAGCAGGCAUCGCGUGGUCAACCUCAGCAGCAGGCAUCGCGUGGUCAACCUCAGCAGCAGGCAUCGCGUGGUCAACCUCAGCAGCAGGCAUCGCGUGGUCAACCUCAGCAGCAGGCAUCGCGUGGUCAACCUCAGCAGCAGGCAUCGCGUGGUCAACCUCAGCAGCAGGCAUCGCGUGGUCAACCUCAGCAGCAGGCAUCGCGUGGUCAACCUCAGCAGCAGGCAUCGCGUGGUCAACCUCAGCAGCAGGCAUCGCGUGGUCAACCUCAGCAGCAGGCAUCGCGUGGUCAACCUCAGCAGCAGGCAUCGCGUGGUCAACCUCAGCAGCAGGCAUCGCGUGGUCAACCUCAGCAGCAGGCAUCGCGUGGUCAACCUCAGCAGCAGGCAUCGCGUGGUCAACCUCAGCAGCAGGCAUCGCGUGGUCAACCUCAGCAGCAGGCAUCGCGUGGUCAACCUCAGCAGCAGGCAUCGCGUGGUCAACCUCAGCAGCAGGCACCGCGUGGUCAACCUCAGCAGCAAGCGUCUGGAGGUCAGCCUCAGCAGCAGGCAUGGGGAAGGCCACCUCAACAGCAAAUGCCGGGAGGUCAGCCUCAACAGCAGGAACCGCGUGGUCAACCGCAGCAGCAGGCACCGCGUGGUGAACCUCAGCAGCAGGCAUGGGGAAGGCCACCUCAACAGCAAGCGUCUGGAGGUCAGCCUCAGCAGCAGGCAUGGGGUAGGUCACCACAACAGCAAGCGUCUGGAGGUCAGCCUCAGCAGCAAGCACCAAUACAACCCUUGCAGAAAGCACCAAUGCAACCCUUGCAGAAAGCACCAAUGCAACCUCAAGCAGAGACAUCUUCCCAACAAUCAACUUCGUCUAUUCAGGUGUUGGGAAGUCAAUCUGAACAAAUUGCGAACUGGAACGUGAAAACCUCAGAACAGCUCAUGGCUUUAAUACCGCCGAAGAUUAAAAGCGGAAAAAGGAAUACCCCACUCACUUUGGAAACAAAUAUGUUUAGACUAGUUUUCCCAAAAAAUUUCGAAAAACACGUUGUGCAUUACGAUGUAAUCAUUACACCGGACAAACCAAAAUGUUUGUUAAGGCGUGUCUUCGAGAAGUUUCGGCAGAUGCAAUGUCCAAAAAGAUAUCCAGCAUUUGAUGGUAAAAAGAAUGCGUACAGUGCGAAAAAUCUUCCCUUCGGCGAUGAAAGUCCGGAAGUAAAGGUGACCAUUCUGGAUAUGGAAUGUAACAAAGAAGACAAAAACAGGACUUUCAUUGUGUGUCUAAAGAAAGUUGCGGACCUUGAUUUGGGGUGGUUAAGCGAUUAUUCAAGAGGUCUAACUCAGUAUGAGAGAACACGGAGGGAUAUGCAAGCAUUAGAUAUUAUUUUGCGUCACGGACCUUCGCUCCAUUAUACCCCGGUCGGCAGAUCACUUUUCGCCCCGCCAAGACAAUCGUAUUCAUUGUCAGACGGUUUAGAUUUAUGGGUCGGCAUGUUCUCUUCAGUUGUUAUCGGAUCCAGACCUUACGUGAACAUAGAUGUUGCGCAUAAAGGAUUCCCUAAGCAGCAACCAGUUGUUACAUUGUUCGAGGAAUUAGGUGUAAAUCUGAACAAAGAAGGAAUGGACUACAGAACAACUGAGAAAACAAACUUUUUAAAAGGAUUGAAAGUUCAAUACGAAAUCCCUGGACAACCUAACUCCAAAAGAACGUAUCGGGUUAACGGGCUCGUUCAAUGUGCGAAACGUAAUGAAUUUCAAUAUGAAAAUAGAAGAUACACCAUCGAAGAAUAUUUUGCACAGCAUAAGAGAUAUAGAAUACAAUAUCCUUAUGUACCGUGCCUGUGGGUAGGAUCUAGAAAUAGCAAAAUCUACGUGCCUGCCGAGCUGUGUACGAUCAUGGGUGGCCAAGUGACACAAAAAAAAUUGAAUGAAGAGCAGACUAAGCGAAUGAUACGUGCUGCAGCGACUAAGCCUGACGAACGUAAACAUAAAAUUUUAGAAAAGUUUGCUCAAAUGAAUUUGAAUGAUCAACCAACGUUGACGAACGAAUUUCAUCUGUCUGUGCAAGGGCAAUUUGAAAGGGUUCCAGCAAGAGUGCUCGCAGCUCCUACAUUACAUUACAAUAGACCAGUUACAGUAGCCAAAGGAGUAUGGAGGAUAGAAGAAUUUUUACGAAAAGGUGAAUUACCAGACUGCUCUUGGACCAUUUUGAACUUAGACAGAGGGAUGCAAGAAAAUACCUUAUACGAGUUCCAGGCCAUGCUGCAACGGGGUGGCUUAGCUUUAGGAAUGAGAAUCGGUAGAGCGUUUACUCCGUUUCAAACUAUACUAGUUCAAAGAGAUACAAGAUCCAUUACUUCUUACUUUGAACGAAUGAAGAAGACCGGCAUCAAGAUGGUAAUAGUAAUACUCUCGACUAUGAGCAAUGCGUACAGCUGCGUGAAGCAGAUAAGCGAGCUUAAAGUAUCAGGAGGUAUCGUCACUCAAUGCGUAAAGUCUCACACAUUGAGAUCUAAAAUGAACCCUGCAACGAUCUCAAACAUUCUCUUAAAAAUUAAUUCGAAGCUUAACGGCGUUAAUCACGUCCUUGACAACAGACAACUGCCCAAGUCCUUGAUUGAUAGCCCUUGCAUAAUAGUUGGGGCAGAUGUGACGCAUCCAUCACCUGACUCAGUGAACAUACCUUCGAUUGCUGCGGUAGCAGCGAGCAUUGAUACAGAAGGUUUUAAAUAUAGGAUUGAACUGAGACUUCAACCACCGAGGGAAGAAAUUAUUCAACAUUUGGAACAAAUUAUGGUAAUACACUUGCAGGCCUUUGAGCGUCUCACAAAGACACCACCAGCAAAAAUAAUUUUUUAUCGGGAUGGUGUGAGCGAAGGCGACCUUCCGCGAGUGAUGAAAUAUGAACUACUCGCGAUAAGGAAAGCAGUCGCCUCUCUACACAAAGGGAAUCUUCACGCGAUACCUAUCACGUUUCUCGUUGUUCAAAAGAGACAUCACGUACGACUCUUUCCGACUGACAAAUCCAAGACCGACGAUAAGAACCAAAACGUGCAAGCUGGAACCGUCGUCGACACGGAAAUCACGCAUCCGACUCAAAUAGACUUUUACCUCGUGUCUCAUGCCAGUAUUCAAGGUACUGCCAGGCCUACAAAAUACAGAUGUAUAUGCAACGAUUUGCAAUUAACGGAAGAAGAAAUAGAAACGUUAACGUAUUACCUUUGUCAUAUGUUCGCUCGUUGUACACGAUCCGUGAGCUAUCCUGCGCCCACGUAUUACGCCCACUUAGCAGCUUUCAGGGCGAGAGCUUAUAUACAAGAUGUUCCUGUAGACCUGAACAACCUAGAUCGUGAACAACACAGUAAAAUGAAUCUUCAAUUGAAUAUGGAGUCACCGAUGUUCUUCGUGUAAUAUUGCUUUAUAAUAUUUUUAAUUCUUAAUAAUAUUACUUACUUAUAGACUUCAAUACUUUAUAAUAUGUAUUUUCAUCAAAUUUUGUUCGAAUAAAAUAUAAUGCAUUAUAGAAAA